UUUCCUGUCAAAGAAAAAUCGUAUGCUAUAUAAAUGAGAAAAUCGGUGAAUAGGAAAUUCAGAGAUCCACCGACGAAAAUUGGAUCUCCUUUCUCUCUCAGUCAACCUCUCAAACCGUACAAAUCAAGCAAAUCCCCAAUUUCCAUAUAAAUCAAUUAACCAAAUAAUCUUCCAAUUUCUCUUUGCAUUUCCAAUUUCUUCACAACAAUGGCCGCAGCCGCUUCAUCGCCAGCAGUUCUUCCAAUUUCCAACCCUCAAACCACCACCACCACCACCACCAACACCCAACAAACCACCACCGGCGUGGGUCCCACACCUGCUCUCCGAUCCUUCAUCAACCGCAUUUCCGAGACUAUCCAAGGUGGUCUUUCCAAUCGCCGUCCAUGGUCUGAACUCGUUGAUCGUUCGGCCUUCUCCAAACCCGAAUCCGUUUCCGAUGCUACCCUCCGCAUCCGCAAAAACUAUUCCUAUUUCCGUACCAAUUACCUUUCCCUCAUCGCCGUUGUUCUCGCCUUUUCCCUAAUCACAAACCCAUUUUCCCUUUUUCUUCUCGCCGGUCUCCUUGCUGCUUGGCUUUUCCUCUACCUUUUCCGGCCGUCGGAUCCGCCUUUGGUUUUAUUUGGUCGGCAGUUUUCUGAACGUGAGACGCUUGGGGCUCUUAUUGUUUCUACGGUUGUUGUGAUCUUUCUAACCAGUGUUGGAUCGGUCCUUGUUUCAGCUUUGAUGGUUGGUGUUGCUAUUGUGUGUACCCAUGCUGCUUUUAGGGCUCCGGAAGAUCUUUUCCUUGAGGAGCAAGAGUCUCCGGCCACUGGGUUCCUCUCAUUCUUGUCCGGCGCUGCCGCUUCCUCCGCCGCUGGCCCAGCUGUUGCUGCUAGGGUUUGAGGUGCACGACGUCGUAUUGGUGUCCAAAGAGAUCGAUAGCGGUUCUGUUGGGGUAAUUUCGUGUUUGUUUUUUAAAGGUAUUGGAAUUGGAAUUUUAGUAUAGAAAGGGAACGAUCAGUAUGAGAUGAGAAUAUAUUACGAAUAAGAUUUUACUUUGAUUGUUCUUAAUGUUUUUGUUUUAAAAAAAAAUUGGAAAUGUAUAAUAGGGGAGAUGUGUUGGGGAUUUUGUUUCCGUAAUUUGUUAUACGAAAUGAUGUUAAAUCAUUCAGAUUAAUUCAUUUCUUAUUGUUUGUUUAGAA